CCAGGGCCCCCCACCCAGCGACAAAGCCUGUGGCACUUCCUCUACCCGCCUGGCAGGCAGCCUGGCCCGGCCCCUUCUCUAAGGAAGCGCAUUUCCUGCCUCCCUGGGCCGGGCUGGAUGAGCUGAGCUCCCUGCCGCGACGGUCAGACCCCUGCUUCCAUCUGUGUCCCAUCCCCAGGCCAAGACUGCCGCCAGCUGCUGUCCACAGGAACCCAGCACCCCUUUCCCACAGUCCUCCGUCAGCCAGAGUCCCCUGCCCUGCUGUGAGUCCGGUGCCCACUUCUCCUGACUCCUCGGCCGCCACCUCAGAAGGCUGGAGCAGGGACGUCGUCGCUCCGGCCGCCUGCUCCCUUCGGGUCCCCGUGCGAGCCCACGCCGGCCCCGGCGCCCACCCGCAGCCCUGCCUCUGGACACUGGAUAAGGCCCAGCGCGCUGACCCCCGGGUGGACAGCAUGGACCACGGCAUACUCCCCCUGGCCAUUGCCUUGUUGCUGGCGAUCUGCAGCUUCGGGCCCACAAGUCUUGCAGAAAGAGUCCACUGUGAUCUACAGCCUGUGGACCUCACGAAGGGUGAGGUGACAUACACCACCAGCCAGGUCUUAGAAGGCUGUGUCGCUCAGGUUCCCAAUGCUGUGCUUGAAGUCCACAUCCUCUUCCUGGAAUUUUCAACUGACUUGUCACAGAUGGAGCUGACCCUUCAGGCAUUUAAACAAAACAGCACCUUGCCCCGAGAAGUGAUGCUGCUCCUCACUGCAAACAAGACUGUUCUUGUGAAGUUCCAGGCCCCAGGAAUCCCACUGCACUUGACCUAUAACCCCAACCUGGUCAUCUUCCAAGAAUACCCAGGAUUCAAUGUUACGCAGCUGCCACAUUUUACCACCAAGAGCCAGAUCCUUGACUGGGCUGCUACAAAGGGCGCAAUCACCUCCGUGGCGGUACUAAAUGACCCCAAGAGCGUCAUCCUCCGGCUGGGCCAAGAUGAGGAGAUGGAGAGCCAGAGCCCUCAGGGCCACUCUGCAGCACCGAGGUUAACAUCCUUCUGCCUCCUGGAAGAGCGCUGGGACAUGGGCAGCAGGCUGGAAUGGCAGCCCCAGGCCCCCACCCAGGUCCAAGGUUGCCAGUUGGAAGGAGUAAUGGGCCACAAGGAGGCCCACAUCCUGAGGGUCCUGCCAGGCCCUGGUGCUGGGCCCUGGACAGUGAGCGUAAAGGUGGAACUGAGCUGUACAUCCGGGGAUCCUGAUGCAGUCCUCAUCCUGCAAGGUCCUUCCUAUGUGUCCUGGCUCAUUGAUGCCAACCACAACAUGCAGAUCUGGACCACAGGUGAAUACUCUGUCAAGAUCUUUCCAGAAAAAAACAUCAAAGGCUUUGUGCUCCCAGACACACGCCAAGGCCUUCUGGGAGAGGCCCGGAUGCUCAACGCCAGCAGAGUAGCCUCCUUUGCGGAGCUCCCUCUGGCCAGUGAUGUCUUACUGAGGGCCUCCAGCUGCGGCGGUGGGCUAAAGACCUCACCUGCACCAAUCCCGACCACACCUCCCAAGGACAGGUGCAGUCCUGAGCUCCUCAUGUCCCUGAUUGAGCCAACGUGCGCCAAUGACCUCCUGACUCUGGCACUCAGGAAAGAACUUGUGCAGGCUGUGCAGUGCACCAUCACAGGCCUAACUUUCUGGGAUUCCCACUGUCAAGCUGAAGACAGCGAUGGCCAACUGAUCUUGAGAAGCAGAUACUCCAGCUGUGGCACGAAAGUGACGGCACCUGUGGUCAGCAAUGAGGUGAUCGUCAGCUUCCUGUCAGGCUCAUCACCACUGCGGAAAAAGAUUCAGUGUUAUGACAUGGACAGCCUCUCCUUCCAGCUGGGCCUCUACCUCAGCCCACACUUCCUCCAAGCAUCUAGCACCAUCGAGCUGGGUCAGCAGGGCUUUGUGCAGGUGAGCAUAUCCCCAUCAAUUUCUGAGGUCACAGUCGAGUUAGAAAGCUGUCACCUGAGUUUGGGGCCUAAGAAGGACAAGGUGGAACUCAUCCAGAACCGGGCAGCCAAGAGCAGCUGUGUGAACAUACUGCCCCCAAGCCCUGAGGGCAACCCACGCUUCAGCUUCCUCCUCCGAGUCUACAUGGUACCCACACCCACUGCUGGCAUCCUCAACUGCAGCAUAACCAUGAACUCCAAAGCUUUGUCCCGGGAAGUCAACAGGAACAUCUCCAUGCGCCUGAACAUUGCCAUCCCUGACCUGUCUGGCAAAGGCCUUGUCCUGUCCACUGUGCUGGGCAUCACCUUUGGUGCCUUCCUCAUUGGGGCCCUGCUCACGGCUGCACUCUGGUUCAUCUACUCGCAUACACGUCCCCCCAGCAAGCGGGAGCCCGUGGUGGCGGUGGCUGCUCUGGCCUCCUCUGAGAGCAGCAGCACCAACCACAGCAUCGGGAGCACCCAGAGCACCCCCUGCUCCACCAGCAGCAUGGCGUAGCACCCAGCCUGGAGCCCCAGGGGCCCCCCAGCCAGCCCUCGCCCUGCAGGAGACUAAGCAGCCAUCAGCUGGGAACCACUGGCCAUGAACUCACCCCAGGAGCCCAGCACCUCCACUCAACUGAGGAUGGAGCAUGUCCUCUGCACCCACCCUUCCUGCCUCCCUCACCGAGGCCUGUUGCCAGCGGGGACACCAGCUUGGAACACCUCAGGGUCUCCCUACCCCACUUCACAAAACAGUCCAACCCAGGGACUCUGGGAUACAGCUGCCCAGGAGCACAGAGAGACAUGCCACUGCCCUGUACAUCCAUGUUGCUGUGGGAACCUGAGUCCCUGCCAUUUCAAGCUGGAUCCUGAGCUGGGGAACGGGGCAGGGUAGGAAGAGAGACUCCAAACAGACUAAGCCUAGCCCAUGGGAAUGGAAUUAAAUCCAGCCCAGAGCCCUGCAUCUGGUGCCUGUGGCCUCCUCACCUGGACUGGCACAACUUUGGUGAGGAAAACAGAAGCCUGGAGUGUUCGGCCUGGGAGCUCAGAGGGUGGCAAAGCAGUGGGGAGGGGGAGCCCAGCUCCUCCCAGAAUGCCAGAGACCUCCUUCCCAGCCCAUCCACUGGGCAAGAAGCAGGAGGGGAGUGGCCAGGCUGCUGGUCCUGGGCCUACCCCUGUAUAUUCACCAAUAAAUCAGAUAUGAAGUCAG